AUGGCUGACUCAUUCACUCGAAAGCUGUAUCCCGAUGGAGAGUUGGUGCAAGCGCCCAUCGCUACGCCUUUGAGCGGUCCCAGAUUGAUCUCACCCACUCCCGACGAAAUCGAGUUUUGCGACGAGAAAUGGCGUUCUUCAUCCACCACCUCGAUGCACCCAUGCGCCGCAGAACAGCGUCGCAAGCACGAGUCCUACACGCUGGCUGGAAGCGUAUUCCUCAUCACUGGAAACGGAAAGACAUUGAACCUUCCUGCGCCUUCGGACAGUCCGGCUGAUCCGUUGAGCUGGAGUAAAUGGAAAAGAGCUGGCGUAGCUCUGGCCGUUGGUUGGUUCUCGAUCGUCGCGUUAGCUGUCGCUCAAGCGGCGGGAAUCUUCUUGCGCGUCAUCUCCCAUGAAUUCAAUAUCGAUUCCUUCCCGCAACUGCUGGCAUGCAUAUGCUUCUUGGGCCUCGCCGAAGGCUUUGCCCUCACUGCCGUUACCAUGCUCUGGUCCAUCGCAGGUUUCUUCGGCACUGGACUUGUGGCCAUCAUUCCAUACAUUUCCGAUGAAGGAACACAGUGGCGAUCAUACUAUCGUUACUGGUCAAUUCCUGCGAUGAUAUCGUUCUUCCUUACAUUCUUUCUCUUCCCCGAGACCUACUUCAAGCGGCCAACAGUUGCUUUCGAUGGACUCAUCGUGUUACAAAGUAGCACAGAGAAGACGACAGUUUUCAAAGACAUAGAAGUCGACUCUGACAUUUACCGCGACCUCCCGGAGCUGCCCACGCAAAACGGAAUUCUUGGUCGAUACAGCGUCUGGAUUUCACCCUUUGCAUCGUGGACCGCCAUGGUUCGCUGCUACCCGCAAAUCGGCUUCUGUCUCAUCAACCCAAUGAUUUUCUGGAUGGCCAUUGCUGUGGCCGUCAAUUAUGCCGCUAUGUUGUUCAUUGGCGCCUCGUACCCGCGCGUCCUCGGCGAAGCGCCAUACAAUCUUCGCACCGAGCUUGUCGUCCUUGUCAAUCUUGCGAGCGCAGUUGGCGGCCUUCUCGCACUCGGGGCUGUGCAACCGGUGAACAGAAUUCUCGACCAUCUUGCGAAGCGCAACCGUGGCGUUCGCGAAGCCGAGCACUAUCUCCUCGUGCUCAUCCUGCCAGUCAUCACCGGUGCUGCGAGCUCCUUGAUUUACGGAUGCGCAGUGCACUACAGCCUUCACCUCAGCCUGUACUACUUCGCAUACGGAUUGAACGGCUUUUCAUGGGUCACGAUCGCAAUUGGUACGACGAUGUGGGUCACGGAAGCCUUCCCACGCUGGGCUGCUCCAGCGCUUGCUGCGAUGAGCGGCACAAGCUUCUUGGUGAGCUUCGGCUUAAGCUUUGGCUUGAGCCCUUGGAUUAUCGCGCAUGGUUACAGGCUGGUUGGUGUUGAGCUCGCGGUAUUCCAGAUCUUUACUGGCUUGGUUGUGGUGCCGAUCUCAUUCUGGGGCAAGAGUGCGCGGCAGGCGAUACAUGGAAGGUGGGCUGACGAGCGUGGCGGUGCGCUGAGGCCUUUGUAG